UCUUGCGUCAUCAUAUCCACAACAGCUACAGUAGAGCUGCAUCCCGGAAAAAGACAGGAGCCUCUUGUAGCAGCGGAGCUAGCUACCCCCGUGUGUGCUGUCACAAGGGUGAAGUGCCCACAAAACUAACCGAAAAACGCGUUUUUGUCCUCUCUCUUUGAAGGCCACGAUAGGCUACGUAAACCGAAGCGACAGGGACUGACACGGACAUGGCGACAUCCAGCCCCUGUGUUGUGAUCAGCGAUGAGGAGCAGGGGUAUGACCUGGACCUUUUCUGCAUACCAAAACACUACGCCUCUGACCUGGAGAGGGUUUACAUCCCACAUGGACUUAUCUUGGACAGGACAGAGAGACUGGCCAGAGAGAUCAUGAAGGAAAUGGGGGGGCACCACAUCGUGGCCCUCUGCGUGCUCAAAGGGGGUUACAAGUUCUUUGCGGACCUGCUGGACUACAUCAAGGCUCUGAACAGGAACAGUGACCGUUCCAUCCCAAUGACAGUGGACUUCAUUCGCCUCAAGAGCUACUGUAAUGACCAGUCGACAGGUGAAAUCAAAGUCAUUGGAGGAGAUGACCUGUCUACACUGACAGGCAAGAAUGUCUUGAUCGUCGAGGAUAUCAUCGACACAGGGAAGACGAUGAAGACAUUAUUGCAACUCCUCAAACAGUACAAUCCCAAAAUGGUUAAAGUAGCAAGUUUGUUGGUGAAGAGAACACCAAGAAGUGUUGGCUAUCGACCAGAUUUUGUAGGAUUCGAGGUGCCUGACAAAUUUGUGGUGGGAUACGCGCUAGACUACAAUGAAUACUUUAGAGAUCUAAAUCAUAUCUGCGUCAUUAGUGAAACAGGGAAGGAGAAGUACAAGGCAUGAAGAGCACCUCGAAACAAUUUUUAAUGUAUGGUUAUAUCUUUUACUUUUGCGGUCCAUUUUAUAUUUUAUUACUUCAUAUUUGUGUCGUAAAAAUACUCAGCCUGCUCAGGGUCCCAGGGGAUUCACUGUUGGAGUGAUAAUCCUGACACACACUCAGUUCAGCUUUUGAGAAGCCUUAGAUUGAACAAUGUCUGGGUUGAACAGCUUCACCUGAAAUAAGCAUAAUGUUUUUGUGCCCCCACACUGAUUAAUUUUUUAAAGCAAUGUUGUAAUUUAUUCAGAGCAAUGCUGCUAGCUUUAAGUAGAAUAUCACAACUGUGGUGCCACAAUAUCUCUUUUAUUGUAAUUCUACUUUUACCUUGAGCUAUCACAGCUCUCCUAUGGGCACUCUUAAAGAGGAUGUCAAAUUUUCUUUUAAUCUGUAUAUAUAUUUUGGGACAAAACACAUUUCUGUUUUACUUUGGUGUGUGAUCAGAGUUUCUUCAGAUACAUUGUUGAGAACAGUAACACAAAUGUCCUUAAUUAAACACAUGGAUAUGCUGAAGAUGAAA